UUUUGGCCGCACUCGCGACCCGUAGUGGCUCCUUUGCGACGUUGCCGCUCUUUCCCUUUCUCUCCGGGUGUUGCAUUGGCCCAGGAAUGUCCGUGCAGGAUCCAGGCCCGAAGGCGGUGACGGUCAGCGACGUGCAGCUGCUGCUGAAGAGGAAGGAUGAGAUCGAAGCCCAGAUCAAGGCGUACUAUGAGGUCCUGGAGGAUCAAAGAGGUGUCGGGAUGAACGAGCCGCUGGUGGAUGUCGAAGGCUAUCCACGGGCAGAUGUGGACGUCUACCAGGUCCGGACAGCCCGGCACAACAUUAUCUGUUUGCAGAAUGAUCACAAGGCCUUGAUGCAGGAGGUGGAACAGGCCCUCCACCAGCUGCACGCCCGGGACAAAGAGAAGCGCGAGAAGGACGAGGCGGAGGCUCGGGCCGAAGCCUGCGACCGGAGCCAGGCUCUGCCGCAGCCUUUUGCCCGCGUGAAUGCCGUCAGCCCAGGCUCCCCGGCCAGCUUCUCGGGCCUGCAAGUUGAUGAUGAGAUUGCUGAGUUUGGCUCCGUGAACACGCGCAAUUUCCAGUCGCUGCAGAACAUCGCCACCGUGGUGCAACACAGCGAAGGGAAACCGUUAAGUGUGACUGUGAUACGGCGAGGGGAGAAGCUGCACCUUGGACUCACCCCGAAACGCUGGAGCGGAAAAGGGCUCCUGGGUUGCAACAUUCUCCCUCUGCAAAGAUGACUUCCAUGGACACAGCCGCUCUCACCUGCUUGGCGGCAUUUCAGCCGCCACUGACGGCCGUCGCAUCUGCCCAGAGAAACUGGAGACUUGGGGGGAAAAUGUCUCCAUUGGAGGCUUUGGUGCCUCUUGCCACAGAGGCUCGUGGUGUUCAUGCAAUUUGAAGCUGUGCUAGUUUGUGAGGUUCAGGCGCCCUGCGCUCGUGUCAUUUGCCCCAGGUGUAAACAGAAAGUAAAAAAAACAAACCCGAGGCUUUUUCCGCUUUAUUUUGGAACUUGGCAACCGAUUCUGUGGCUUACUUUCCUGUUUGUUUGUUUGUUUGUUUGUUAGAGAACUUGCCACUAAAGUUUUACACUAGUCCUCAUGGUCGUCUUUACCUUUUUCAUUGACAGCUUAUAGUACGCCCAUUGUCAGAUCUCUGAAGCGUGCCAGAAUCUUAGCUGAUGUUGUAUUUUCUAUUGUCAUUAUACAAUAAAGUUAAUCUGAGUAAAUCUUGA